AUGUCAGUUUCGUCAUCUAAGGCUAAGAGAGAGCAAAAGCGUAUGGAAAGGGAGGCCAAAAAGGCAGCUGAGGGAAAAUCUACUAAGAAAACGAAGAAGCAAGCUGCUAAAGACGCUGAAGACAAAGAUGUAGACGAUGCAGCAGCACAAAUUGCAAAGUUGAAGACACAGACUGAUGAAUCUGGAUUGUCUGAUAGAGUUACCACUGGUGUUUUGGAAUCAUUGCCAACUUCAAGAGAUAUCAAAUUAUCUUCGGUCUCAUUAUUAUUCCACGGUAAAGUAUUGAUUCAAGAUUCAACUUUGGAACUAAACUAUGGUCGUCGAUAUGGUUUAUUAGGAGAGAAUGGAUGUGGUAAAUCAACAUUACUUAAAUCACUUGCUGCAAGGGAAUUUCCAAUCCCUGAACAUAUAGAUGUUUACUUGUUGAAUGAACCCGCAGAAGCCACUGAAUUCUCUGCUUUGGAGUAUGUUGUGAGAGAAGCUGAACAUGAAAUGAAAAGGUUGGAGGAUUUAGUCGAAGAUAUCAUAGUUAAGGAUGGUCCCGAGACUCCAGCCCUUGAAGGUUUGUACGAAAAAAUUGAUGGCAUGGACCCAUCUACAUUUGAAGCUAGGGCUGCAGUCAUUUUACAUGGUUUGGGAUUCAAUUCUGUUACUAUCAAAAAGAAGACUGAAGAUAUGUCUGGUGGUUGGAGAAUGCGUGUGGCUCUUGCAAAGGCUUUGUUUGUGAAGCCAACUUUAUUGUUACUCGAUGACCCAACUGCUCAUUUGGAUUUAGCUGCCUGUGUCUGGUUGGAGGAAUACUUGAAGAGGUUUGACAGAAUGUUAAUAUUGGUUUCUCACUCUCAAGAUUUUUUGAAUGGAGUUUGUACGAAUAUGAUCGAUAUGAGAUUGAAGAAAUUGCAAUUGUAUGGUGGUAAUUAUGAUUCUUAUGUGAAGACAAGAUCGGAGUUGGAGACCAAUCAAAUGAAACAAUACAGUAAGCAACAGGAAGAAAUUGCACAUAUCAAGAAGUUCAUUGCUUCUGCUGGUACAUAUGCUAACUUAGUUAGACAGGCAAAGUCAAGACAGAAGAUUUUGGAUAAGAUGGAAGCCGAUGGGUUAAUUCAAGCCGUUGUUCCGGAUAAAGUAUUCUCCUUCAGAUUUCCAGAUGUCGAGAAGUUACCACCUCCUGUUUUAGCCUUUGACGACAUGUCUUUCUCAUAUAGUGAAAAACCAGAGGAUAAUCUAUAUGAAAACUUGGAUAUUGGUAUUGAUAUGGAUUCAAGAGUUGCUUUAGUGGGUCCCAAUGGUGUGGGUAAAUCAACUUUAUUGAAGUUAUUCCAAGGAAAGUUACAGCCCCAGAAGGGAAGAGUUAUUCAACACACUCACAUUAAGUUGGGAGUCUAUUCUCAGCAUUCAGCAGAUCAGUUGGAUUUAACAAAAACUCCAUUAGAGUUUGUUCGUGAUAAGUUCUCCAACGUCUCUCAGGAUUUCCAGUAUUGGAGACAGCAGUUAGGGCGUUAUGGAUUAACUGGAGAAGGUCAAACUUCCCAAAUGGCUACCUUAUCUGAGGGACAAAGAUCGCGUGUCGUUUUUGCAUUGUUAGCCUUAGAAGCUCCAAAUUUGAUAUUGUUGGAUGAGCCUACAAACGGUUUAGAUUUAGCCACCAUUGACUCCUUGGCAGAUGCUAUUAAUGCUUUCAAUGGUGGUGUCGUUGUCGUAUCACACGAUUUUAGAUUGUUAGAUAAGAUCGCGAAAGAUAUCUUUGUCAUUGAAAACAAGACCGCCACCAAGUGGAACGGAUCAAUUUUGGACUACAAGAAGAAAUUAGCUGGUGCAGUUGUGCUUUGA